AUGGUACUUAUUAUUAUGACUGUAGUUGGAUUAUGGUCCACAGUAGUAGCUUCACUUGGAAGACCUGGUUGUCAAGAACAGUGCGGAAAUGUAACUAUCCCAUACCCUUUCGGAAUUGGAUCAUCCGAUUGUUUUCUUGACAAAUGGUUCGAAGUUUCCUGCGCCAACUCUACCAAGCCUCUCCUCAAACACACUCAACUGCAGCUACUUAACAUUUUGUUAUCCGAUGAGGAUGCUAAUAAUAAUAAUGGUAGACCAUCCCAAUGGGUUCAGGUCGGAAGCCCCAUCAGUUACUUCAAUUGCCCAAACAAGACAAGAAAUUCUUUCAUAAAUUUCACAGGAAGCCCGUUCUACUUUUCGGGUCACAAUAUAUUCAUUGCAGUGAGUUGCGGUGCCUUUGCCAAGUUCGAAAUAGGGGAAGGUGAUGCGCUCUUCCAAGAUGGGUGCACUAGCACCUCCACCUGCUCCUCCUCCUCCUCAUCAUCAUCAUCCAAUUGUAGAAACAAUAUUGAUUUUCGUAAUUGUGAUGGCAUCGAAUGCUGCAGUACUUCUUCCGUUUUGGAUACUGAUGGCAACUUCGAAAUCUCCAUAGAUAAUGAUUCUAUUACUCUUGCAAGUAAUAGCGAAUGCAAAUAUGCGUUUUUUAUAGAUCCUGAUGAAAUUGAUAAAUAUACAACAUUCCGUGAUCUGGAUUAUGUUCCCAUCCUACUAAGUUGGAACCUUAGCUUAACGCAUUUCGACAUAUUUAAAACACAUGCUAUGCCAACCAGCAUGAGCAGCUUCAACUGUAGCAGCAGCUAUCAGGAUACUUUAAAUUCCCCUUUAGAUCGCAUAUAUCGUUGUAGCUGCAAUAAUGGAUUUCGAGGAAAUCCCUAUAUUUUGGAAGGGUGUCAAGGUAAACCUAUCACAUAUAUUACAGGACUUGGGAGUGCUCUUGGAGUAUUAGUUCUUGUUUUUGGUACAUGGACAUUAUACAAAUUCUUAAAGAAAAGAAAAGAAAUCAAACAGAAGAAAAUAUUUUUCAAACGGAAUGGUGGUCUUUUGUUGGAACAACAAAUACAUUCAAGUGAAAAUAAUGUUGAGCAAACCAAGUUGUUCGAUGCAAAAGAGUUAGAGAAGGCAACAAAUAAUUUUAGUAUAGACAGAGUUCUUGGACAAGGAGGUCAAGGUACUGUGUACAAAGGAAUGUUGGAAGACGGAAAGAUUGUUGCGAUAAAGAAGUCUAAAAUAAUUGACGAAGCCAAACUCUCUGAAUUCAUUAAUGAGGUUGUUAUUCUUACGCAAAUCAAUCAUAGAAAUGUUGUCAAGCUAUUGGGAUGUUGUUUGGAGACUAAUGUUCCACUUCUAGUUUAUGAAUUUGUCCCAAACGGAAUGCUUUCUGAGUAUAUUCAUAACAAAAAUGCAGAGUUUCCUUUUACAUGGAGCAUGCGAUUACGAAUUGCAACUGAAGUUGCGGGAGCUCUCUCAUACUUACACUCAGCAGCUUCUUUUCCAAUUUAUCAUCGGGAUGUUAAGUCUUCAAACAUACUCCUAGAUGAAAAAUUGGCGGCAAAAGUUGCAGACUUUGGAACAUCAAGAACUGUUUCCUUAGAGCAAACUCAUUUGACCACUUUAGUUUGCGGCACAUUUGGUUAUCUAGAUCCUGAAUAUUUUCAAUCCAGCCAAUUUACAGAUAAGAGUGAUGUUUAUAGUUUUGGAGUGGUUCUUGUCGAGCUCUUGACUGGACAGAAAGCAAUAUUUGGAACAAGAUCAGAGGAGGAAGGAAGAAGUUUGGCAACAUAUUUCAUGAUGACGAUGGAGGAAAAAAGCAGUAGUUUGUUCGACAUUCUUGAUGGUCAAGUUCUCAAAGAUGCGCCAAAAGAAGAGAUCUUAAUUGUUGCUGAUCUUGCAAAGAGAUGCUUACAUUUGAAUGGAAGGAAUCGACCUACCAUGAAAGAAGUAGAAAAGGAGCUAGAGAGGAUUCAAGGCAUUGACAAUAAAGAUUCCAAUGGUAUUCAACAUAAUUACGAAGAUCUAGCAUAUGCACAACCUGAAAUUGCAGACUACUCUCAGAAUAAUUCCACAUCGUCAAUAGAGUUAACUUUUGAUAGUGUUGCUACUAGCUUCUCGUUGCAUCAAGAAUUAUCAUUGUUGUAAGGGUGAACAAAUAGUAAUAUCCUUUUUGUACAUAGUACUCUUCACUUAUUUUUUUUCUAUCUUAAAUUUGAGAGAUCAAUUAUAUAUUGUGGUUUACUUUAUUGGUUAAUAUUGUUAACUUUGGU